ACUAUGUCAGUGCGUCUGCACGGUCAUUCCCCUGUCAUCACAGUCGAAGUGUCUCUCUCUCACAGUGCCACGCAAAUCUCCAAAGCCGUCUGCCUUACGGCUCCUCCUCAGAUUAACCAUACACUUUGAUGGCGGGAAUACGGUUGCAACCGGAAGAAGCCGACCUCACGCAGCACCAAACCCGAGCUGCCACUGGUGAUCUGGUUUCGGAUGACGAGAGGUCUGUGGCUGCCGAUUCCUGGUCCAUAAAGAGUGACUACGGAAGUACUCUCGACGACGAUCAACGCCAUGCUGAUGCUGCCGAAGCUCUAUACUCCGCCAACUUCCGUGCCGCUUCUGAUUACAACUCUGACAAGGAGGAAGCAGAUGGUGAAGGGGUGGCAUCAAUGCUAGGUCUUCAGAGUUAUUGGGAUGCUGCAUAUGCAGAUGAGUUGGCAAACUUUCGGGAGCAUGGUCUUGCUGGUGAAAUAUGGUUUGGGUCUGAUGUAAUGGGUGUUGUUGUUUCUUGGACCAAGAGCUUGUGCAUCAAGAUUUCUCAAGGUCACAUUCCUUAUCAUUUUGAUGAUAUCAAGUCUGAACCUGUUGACCAGGAUGAUAAAUAUUUGUCGAGCUGGAGUGUACUUGACAUUGGAACUGGCAAUGGUUUGCUCCUUCAAGAACUUGCUAAGCAGGGGUUCUCUGAUUUAACUGGAGUUGAUUAUAGUGAAGGGGCAAUUGAUCUGGCCAGGAACCUUGCUGAUCGUAAUGGUUUUCCCAACAUUAACUUUUUGGUUGAUGAUGUUCUCGAAACAAAGUUAAAAAGACAGUUCCAGCUUGUCAUGGAUAAAGGAACUUUAGAUGCGAUUGGAUUGCAUCCUGAUGGUCCUAUCAAAAGGAUCAUGUAUUGGGAUUCUGUUUCAAAAUUGGUUGCAUCUGGUGGAAUAUUGGUGAUCACAUCGUGUAAGAGUACAAAGGAUGAACUGUUGCAAGAAGUGGAAAUUUUCAACCAGAGGACUAGUAUGUCCCAAGGAUUAGAGACUCAGAAGGAUCAAGUAUAUGGAGAUCCUUCUGCAUUCCAGUAUCUCAAUCAUGUUCAAACAUAUCCCACAUUCAUGUUUGGUGGAUCAGUGGGAUCACGUGUUGCUACUGUGGCAUUUCUUCGGAGAUAAAUGUUAGCUCAUAUUCUCAUGUUUUCUCAUGCUUUGAAGGUGUUAAAUGUAUUCGCAUGAUGGAAGUCAUCCCCUUUCAAGAAACAUACUAAUGUGUUUGAAAAUGAAUUAUUGAAUCCAAGAUUUGACUCGUUGGUGAUAGUUUGACUAAAUUUCAUGAAACAUUCAACAAAAUUUUUCACCAACAAACAA